CUUAGUGGUCAAAAAUGAAACUUCUGACACUUUUAUUCGUAUUUCUUCUGAAAUUUUUGGAAAGUGACGCGAAUUGGAAUAAUUGGGGCUGGGGACAACCCCAACAACCAUCACCUGCUCCGAACAACAAUUUGGCAAUUGGGUACCCAACUGCGUACGGGCUGUAUGCCGGAAGAGGAUGGGGAAAUCAGAACUAUGGAGGCGGUGGAGGUGGACCUCCCAACGCCGGCGCGGGCUUUGGCAGCCCUCUACGCUGCCUGAACGGUGGCGCCCACAUCGGACAGUGCCGUCUGGAUCAGGACUCGAUUUGUAUUGCACUCGGAGGAGUUUGUACUCACGGAGCAUGUUGCACAACACCUUUUGUUAGUAUUCUCGGCAGCUUGGGGACUACUACGGAGACACCUGAAGUGAUAGAUGGGGAGACGACGAAGAAGAAGAAGGGGAAGAGGAAGUUGGUCACUACAACGACGACUAUGGCUCCUGGGGAUCGAGAGGGAGAGGAUAUUGAUGAUGUGAUGAAAUCCUCUGAACUUGAAGAAUGGAACAAAUUAGUGGAAAGAGCAAGGCUGGCAAGUACAACUACUACAGAAGAACCCUAUAUUGAAGAGCCAAUAAUUACAGUAUCACCUUACGUGGAAGAGAAUGAGGAUAGGAGAUGCUCUUCUGGGCUCCGCUCCGUAGGCCCUUGCUCCGAGGAUUCCGACUGCCCGACACUUCAUCAAUGUGAAAAGGAACAGUGUUGUUAUUUAUUGCCAUGAAUAAAGUAAUUUUUAAACGUUCUA